AGAGGAGCAACAACGAGUCGAUCAGUGUAACAACAUUUGGCGUUUACAAAGCUAAACUUGAGUGAUUAACAAAAUAGAGUGACUAGCUGAUAUUAGCUAAAAGAUUCAAUUUUUUUUCAAGUGUAGAAAAAGUAUAAACAAAUUAAAACAACAAAAUGCCUUGCCCAUGUGGAAGCGGUUGCAAAUGCGGUUCGGAGCCUAAGACUGGCAAUUGCGGUUGCGGUUCGGCGUGCAAGUGCUGUCCCUGUGGAAGCGCUUGCAAAUGCGGUUCACAAUCACAAAGUGGCAGCUGCGGUUGCCGUUCGAGCUGCAAAUGUGGCCAAUAGAGCAAUACAUAUAUCCCAUAACAUUCACUGAAAUAGGCUUACUUUAUUAUGUUUAAGUCAUAUAUGUACAUACAUACAUACAUACAUAAGUAUUUUUAAUUUAUUUCCAUAAGUUAAUCGCGUAAUAAUAUAAGUACAUACUUUCAUAGAAUCAGAAACACUUGUUUAUGCAUGCAUUAAUGCAAAGCUUGUUGGUUUGAUACCAAAAAGAGUAUUCUCAUCAAUAAAUAACAGAAAGAAAACUAAUUCCUCUAA